GGAUUUUCGGAAGGAGGAGGAGAGGACGGAGAGACACCAGCCGCGCUGCUCCACCACCACCACCACCUCCACCACCAUGCAGAUACUCGGGGUCCCCUUCCUGCCGGUUUGGCUUCUUCUGGGCAUCUGCGGCGCUUUCGGCGGGAAAGUCAACAAGCACAAGCCGUGGAUAGAAACGUCGUACCACGGCGUCAUCACGGAGAACAUGGACACGGUGCUGCUGGACCCGCCGCUGGUAGCCCUGGACAAGGACGCGCCGGUCCCCUAUGCUGGGGAGAUUUGUGCCUUUAAGAUCUACGGCGAGGAGGCUCCAUUUGAGGCUGUGGUGUUGAACCGCACAUCAGGAGAGGGGGUCCUGCAGGCCAGUGGCCCUGUGGACUGUGAGAGCCAGAAGGAAUAUACCUUCAUAAUCCAGGCCUACGACUGUGGGGCCGGACCCUCCGGGGCCGACUGGAAGAAAUCCCACAAGGCGGUGGUUCACAUUCAGGUUGACGAUGUCAAUGAGUUCUGCCCCGUAUUUCGGGAACCCCUUUACAAGGCAUCGGUAACGGAGGGCAAAAUCUACGACAGCAUUUUGCAGGUGGAAGCUUGGGACCAGGACUGCUCACCACAGUACAGCCAGAUCUGCAACUAUGAGAUUGUGACUGCUGGGACGCCAUUUGCAAUAGACCGCAAUGGAAACAUCAGAAACACGGAGCGGCUGAGCUAUGACAAGCAGCAGAGCUACACGAUUAUGGUGACGGCCUUUGACUGUGGUCAGAAGAGAGCCAAGGAGGAUGUGGCUGUGCAUAUUGAUGUCAAGCCUGUCUGCAAACCCGGAUGGCAAGGCUGGAGCAAGCGGGUGGACUAUGAGCCGGGGACGGGAAGCAGGCCGCUGUUUCCCAAGAUGCACAUUGAAACGUGCGGAGGUCCUCUGUCUGGCGUGAAGGUGAUGUUAGAACUACAGACAAAUCACAUCGGGAAGGGCUGUGAUCGGGAAACGUACUCUGAGAAGUCUCUGCAAAAACUCUGUGGUGCCGCGUCGGGCAGCACUGACCUCCUUCCUGGCCCCAGCUCCUCCACAAACUGGACGGCAUCUCUGCUGACAGACAGCAGCCGCGACAGCGACCUCAUCUACAGAUUCGACGGACAUCAGGCUGCUAAUGUCCCACAUCACGUGGUGCCCCAGAACCUGACAGACCAGUUCACCAUAGCAACGUGGAUGAAACACGGGCCCAGUCCGGGACUCAGAGCCGAGAAGGAAACCUUACUGUGUAACUCCGACAAGACUGAAAUGAACCGCCACCAUUACUCGCUGUACGUCCACAACUGCCGCCUGGUGUUCCUGCUGAGGAGAGAUUUCACUCAGGUCGACACGUUCAGGCCUGCCGAGUUCCACUGGAAACUGGAGCAGAUCUGUGACAAGGAAUGGCACUAUUAUGUCAUCAAUGCAGAAUUUCCUGCAGUGACGCUAUUUGUGGACGGGGUGACCUAUGAACCCUACCUGGUGACCGAUGACUGGCCGAUCCACACCGCAAAGAUUGAUACGCAGUUGACUGUGGGAGCCUGCUGGCAAGGUGGGGAAGUUGGGACCCCGAGGUUCACCCAGUAUUUCCACGGCAGCCUGUCGGGUCUGACAAUCCGACCCGGCCGCAUCGAAACCCAGAAGGUUAUUUCCUGUCUGCAGGCCUGCAAAGAAGGCCUUGAUAUCAACUCCCUCGAAAGCCUCGGCAAGGAUAUCAAGUUCCAUUUUAACCCCGCCCAGUCUCUGCUGGUGGUGGAAGGAGAAGAUCUGGACAGCAUCAACACCGCCAUGUCAAAGGUCUCGUACAUCAACUCUCGCCAGUUCCCGACGCCGGGCCUCCGACGGCUUCACGUCACCACCGCCGUACAGUGUUUCGGCGAGGACACAUGUCUCUCCAUCCCAGAAAUCAAGUCCGUGGUCAUGGUCCUGCCGCCCAGUGAGCCCAGAAUCACCAUCGCAGGGUCUAAUCGGCUCGUCAGACCUGCCAAUGACCUGCGGGGCCCCCUGGGUGUGGCCCCCUUCAAAGAGCUUCACAUCACCAGCACAGUGAUGAAGGGAGACGGCUUUGGUGGAUCCCACAGACAAGGUGUGACGGAGGUGAUGCAUAACCUGGACUACUGUGAUGUGCUGGUAAUCGGGGAAGAGCUGAAUCCUGAGAGAGAGAGCUUGGAGAUCCAUCACAGUGCCUUGUUGGGAAAACACCUGGAUGCCACCAACUCCACCUCUGGAAUAUCAAUAUACGGGGUGGACUGCAUGGCGCACUAUGAGCAGGCGCUGAGGCAGGUGCGCUACAGGAACUGGCGACCAGCCGCGCUGAACGAGAGAAAGUUCAGACUCACCUGCUCUGAACUCAACGGACGCUACACCAGCAACGGGUUCAAUCUGGAGGUUGGUGUUCUUCACCACUCGGCCCCUGUGGAACAUGUCAAUCAUGUGGCUGCCCAACCUCAGUACAUGAGACCUGUGCACCACCCGCUCAUGAUACACACUCUCAACUCACACAUGUCAGCUGCACCUCCAGCAGCCACAGUCGUCAUAGUGGUCUGCAUUGCCGCCCUGGUGGUGAUUGUGGUCAUUGGCGUGUACAGGAUCCACGCCACUCAUCAGGAAGGGUCCAGAGAAGAUGAGGAGGAGGUCAAAGACACCGAGGAGGACUGGGACAACUCUGCUCUCAACAUCACUGUCAACCCCAUGGAGAACGUUGGGGGAGCUCAGGCGCAUGAUGAUGAAGAGGAGGUAAAAGAAGAAGACCUCGAGGAGGAGGAAGAAGAAGAAGAAGAGGAUGAGGAACAGGUGGGAGGAGUGACAAGUGAUACAGAUGAAGAGGGCGGAGAGGAGGAGAGAGAAGACGUGAGUGAGAGGAAGCAGAAGAAAAAGAUAGAGUGGGACAGUACCUCCUUAACUUACUGACCAAACAUAUAAACAUAAACCUGCACAUACAAACAUUCGUUACAUAUACGUUGUUCUCUCUCUGUUUCUAUAUCUACCACACACAAACACACACACACAGAAAAAACAAACCAAUCAGAAAUCUCUGAUCUGUUGCUGUAAAAAACACUUUGAAUCUUCCCUGGUUGUUGUUUUUAAUGACACAUCUCCCUCUGCUGGACAAAGUCAGACCUACAGAAUCAGCUGCAGUCCCACAGCGGUGGAAAACAGUGCGCAUGAGUAUGUUGUUACUCACACGGCAGUCAGUGAGGUUAAAUAUAAGAUGAAUAUCAAACAAGAACAGACUUCUCAUUAUACGUUCACAUUUAAGUGAUGAAAUUAUUAUUUAUGUUUCAAACUGAUUGUCUGCAAGAUGGUGAGUUAUCCAUAAAUGUCUUUAUUUGUUAAUGCAUCCAUAAACUUUAAAAUUCCUUCGGCCUAUAUAGUAGGUGUAACAUAGUCGUAUUGUCACUCAGUGUAAAUAUCUGUUGCGAUAUUUAACUCAAAUCUCUCCCUCUGUGUGAUCAGUGUUGAGUUCUGUGGCCUCGACACUAACGAGAAACAACAUUGUGUAUAUUUUAUAUUUUACCAUAAACAUUCAAUUUUCCUCCUUAUUUAUUUGCAAAGCAGCAUUAGUAAUAGAAAUUAAUAAUAAUAUAAUCUAACCUUUAGUUUCUAUAAAGGCUCUGCUCCAUCAGCUAAUCAGCUCAUGAAAAAAAUAGUAAAAAUUGUAAUUGUUAAUUGUAGUAAAACAAAAACAUUUGGUUUGUUUACAUCUGCCUGUGUACCAAAUCUAUCAAUUCUGUGGCCUAUUGUAGCUUCUACUGUCCAGGGUUAGAUCAGUUCUUUCUUUUUUCAUAACACACAGAUGUUACAAUCUGCUUCUGAUCUUCUGUCUUUCUGUGUUGUUAAUUCAAUAGUAAAAGGAUCCCUCUAUGCAAUUAUGGGCCCAGUAUAAAGGACCAGUACACAGAAACAGGGGUACUCCAUCUAAUUAGAAAUGCACUCAUGUAUCGCUGGGGACAAAAUUGCAACAUGGUGAGCGUUGAUCCAUAAAAGUAAUAUUUAAUAUCUUAAGCAAGACUCAUUUGCAAUGGAUUGUGGGCAAAUGUGUGUAACAAUACAACAAACUUACUGACUCAUCCCUCAACUCACUCAUACUCAUAAACUCUUUUAUGAACAAAUAACUAACUCAUGUAAAACUGUCAUGAGUUGUACUAAUCUAGGAACAGCACACUAUAGACUCCUCUGUACAAUAUCGUCAUGAGACCAGGAUAAAAGUACAACACGUCCAAACUCAAAUAACCCAGAUUCCAUCAUGGAGGUCGGACUCUCAGACUGGGUGGACAGAGAAGGUUAACACUGAUAGAGUGCUCCUUCACAGUCAGAUGAAGACCCACCGGUGUUUGUUUACUGGUGUCGUAAAAGUCAACGAGCAGAAGCAGAAACUUCUAUUAUUUGUUUCGUCUUGUACUAUUUGUUAUUAGAGAUCAAGUGACAUCGCUCAGACAAAGUUUACUAAAAGUAUCUCCGUUGACCAUCUCUUCUGACCUGAUGGCUACUACAUGCGUGACUAUUACUCCCUCUGAGCUCUUAGACUGAUACGCCCCCCCCACUCUGUUGGCCUUUAGGAACCUGUGAUUGUGAUGUCAUCAUUGUGAAACAAUUUCUUUGUUUCCCUCGUCCCCCUUCGUCAUACUGUGCUUCUUAAAGAUCAAAGUGAAAAAGAUUGUUUUACAUAUAAAAACAAAUCCUGUAAAAAUGUUUAAGAUCGUUAUUUUAUAUGUUUCUUUUUCUUUUUGUAAACUAAAUGGUUGGGAUUUCUCUCUCUUUAGUGGUCAUCCCGCUGCUUUCUGUAUAUUGACCAAUAAAGACUUGUUUUAGACUCUUCA